GCGCUGGGGGCGAUGGCGGCGGGCGCUCUUCGCGGUGUCCUCUGGCCCCGGGCGGCCGCCGGCCUCAGGGCGGCCCGGGCCGCCUUCGCGGCGCCUUUGGGGGCGCGGGCGGCCUCGGAGAUGUCCAUGGACAUGAUGCCCGGCCCAUAUCCGCGGACUCCGGAGGAGCGGGCAGCCGCUGCCAAGAAGUACAACAUGCGGGUGGAGGACUAUCAGCCCUACCCCGACGACGGCCUCGGGUAUGGUGACUAUCCCAUGCUCCCUUAUAAGUCUCAAUAUGAGAGAGACCCCUGGUACCAGUGGGACCAGCCAGAAAUGAGGCAUAACUGGGGAGAGCCGAUGCAUUGGGACUUUGACAUGUACACUCGGAACCGGGCUGAUACAUCCCCCACUGUCGUUCCCUGGCACACCAUGAGCAAACAUUUCUUCCUCUUUCUGGGCACAAUGCUGAUCAUGUUUGGUCUUGGAGCGAUCUACCCAUCCUACAUGCCUGUGGGGCCGAAGCAAUAUCCCUUCAAUGACCUGUAUCUGGAGAAAGGAGGAGACCCCAAUAAAAAGCCACCACCGGUGAUACACUAUGAAAUUUGAAAGUUGUUCAAGUGCUACAUUUCCAUCAGUUUUGCUGGAGAAGGAAGCUUCUUUAGUGUUCACUGGCAUAUGUUAACACUUGUUCUUCAAUGUUCAGCUGCUAAUUGCAGUGAAAUAUAUCAAUGACACCUACUGUGCUAGUUGUCUUCUGUCAGUUUGAGAGGGCUGAAUUAUAGCUAAUGAAAUGGAGUGACAUUUGCCAUUUUUCUAAGUGGGAUAGUAUCUGUGGGGCAAAGUUAUGAGUACGGACCUAGGACUGCUUGUCAUUUAUGUAUCUUGUGCACAAGUAUUCCUCACCUGUGCCUGUUUAUGUAGGAAAUACUGCCUGUAUCCAAGGCAUUUGGCAUUUGCUUCUGGGA